AUGUCCUCGCUCAUGUUCUGCAACGUGUUCUACAUGCUCCGUAGCAUGUUCUUCAUCUUCUCCAACAUCUUCGACUACAUGUUGUACGAAACUCCUACAGUGUGGCGGCGGGUCGGCGAGCCUCCGCACGGCUGGAUUCUGACCGAGGCUGCGCCACAGCUGGCAGCUGAUUCAGAGUAUGAAGAGGGGCAGCUGGACCGCCACACAGCGGCGGAGGAACGCGGAGAAAACACAAACUUGAGACAGUUUAUCAGGAAGCGGCUGAGCGGCCGUGCCAGUUGCCUCUCCACGGUUCUCAUGCGUGUUAUAAGUCCCGCCUCUGGCGGAGCAGAACUCAUCUUCACAGAGACCGACAGGAGGAAAAUGAAAGACGCACCCACGACUGAGGAAGCUCCCGCUGCGGCACCGGCCAAGGCCCCGGCGAAACCCGCCGCCAAGCCCGCUGCCAAGCCCGCCGCCAAGCCCACCAAGAGGAGGUCCGGCAAGGCCCGGUCCGGCGGACUCGGCCUGUCCAAGCUCAUCUUGGGCGCCGUGGCUGAGUCCAAGGACCGCAAGGGCCUGUCCACCAGCGCCCUGAAGAAGAACCUGGGGUCGAAGGGCGUGGACCUGGUCAAAUACAACAAACGCAUCAACUUGAUUCUCAAAAGGCAAGUGGAAAAGGGGGCUCUGGUCCAGGUCAAAGGCACCGGGGCCAGCGGGUCCUUCAAGAUCGCCAAGAAGGAGCCCAAAGAGAAAAAGCCUGCCAAGACCCAGGCUAAGAAGAAGCCCGUGAGAGCCAGAAAGCCCGCUGCAAAGAAGGGACCUGCCACCCCGAAGAAGAGGAAGUCUACAGGUGCCAAGAAAGGUGCUAAGAAAGUAGCCACGAAAUCUCCGGCGGCUAAGAAGAGCAAGAGCUCCGCAAAGCCCAAACCCAAGCCCAAGACCGCAGCCAGGAGACCCGCAGCGAAGAAGAACCCUCCGAAGAAGGCAGCGAAGAGGCCCGCAGCUAAGAAAGCCGCAGGCAAGAAGACCAAGAAGUGAAGCGGCUGCACCGACCCAGCUCGAACCGAACCAAAGGCUCUUUUAAGAGCCACCACUCCUCCGUAAAGAGCCGCUCCGCACAGACACGCAACAGGCUGCACAGGGUCAUAAACUUUACCUGUCCAACUGACGCUAUUUUUUUUAACCUCAGAAAAAGACUUUUUAUAUUGUCUUAGUAUUUUUAUUGAAUAUUUUAUACCGUGUUAGUAUUUAUGUACUGUUGGAACUCAAUUCUGAAUUGAAAUGCCAAUUCUACAAAGGAAAUACUAUUCUAUUAAAAAAGUAUUUUUGUCAUGA